UUUUGUUUAGUUGUCGUUUACAUCUCACUGCGUUCGAAAGUUGUGCGCUUGAAAUACUUCACCAAUCAAAUCGUAGAGCACAUCAACUUAAUCAACAACAAACAACGAAAUCUCUAAUAACAUGGGUAAUCCAAUUUGGUUCAUCUUCUGGCUGCUCGUCUUCUGGUUCAUCUCCUUCUUCGUUGCGUUCUUCUGCGCAUUCUUCUACAUUAUUAUCUAUGCCGUCGUUGUGUGUGUUCCGGGACUUUCGGGCAUAACCGACAUUUUGCUGCAGGGCUUGCAAUUCCCGCAUUACUGCGCCAAGGCCAUGAUGGACUGCAAAUCAUUGUUCUAGAGAAUUUUUAAACUAAGAAAAUCUAGACUUAAGUGAAAUUAUUUUUGAUCGCUUUUUCUUGAAUAUAAAUUAUUUUUUUAUGUAA